GGGGUGGAAAAGGGGCUUGGGCAGGACUGGCCAGUGAUCUCACCGAAAAAUUACGAAACAGUGAGCAUCUGUCAUGGACCAGGCUCUUUGUCAAGUGCCCCCGAUAACAGAGGUCAGGGUGUGCGAGACUGGCACGCACAAAGCUGAUUGAAGGCCUGGGUAGCAGGCACGGCGCUCCUAGUUCCUGCAGAAGAAGACUGCACAAUACCGGGAAGUUAGUGCUAAGGCUGUGAGUACCCUGCUAUAGAGGAAGGGCGCUUCACGCCAGCCUCUGAUGGCUCUGGGGGGGCCCUGGGGCGCUUCUGGAAGCAGUACCUAAACCAGGCCUCUGGGAGAGUAGGAGACAGCCCUAGUGGAGACAGAGCCCAGGGUAGGUCUGCUGGAGAUUUGCUGAGUGGCAGACUGGGGAACUUUUUAAUAGCAGUCAUUUUAUAGUAUUUGUGUGUGUUGUGUUUUGUGGGUUUUGCCUGUUUCCCCCCAUCCCCCGUUAUUUUAUUUUGAAAAAUUUCGAAUGUCCACUGACGUUGAAAGAAUUUCACAGUGAUCAUCCCUCUACCCACCACCUGGUUCCUGCCAUUACCAGACUGCUACUCUACUCGCCUUCUCACACACCUGUCCACAUCCAUGCGCCCAUCUGACAUGUUAAUGGAUUUCAAAAUAAACUGCAGGCAUCAGGACGCUUUGCUAAGCACUACAUCAUGCAUGUCAUUGACUAGCCUUCCCCAUAUUUGUUUACAAGUUUUUUUUUCCUCUUAAUUGUCAUUUUAACUCAACAUGACUCAAAAGAUUGUCAUGUCCCUCAUGGAAAACUUCCAUAGGUUGGCAGAGGUGGCGGGCUUCUGGUGUGGGGGAGUAGGAGCCCCCACUCCACUCUUCUGUGAGCCCCACUUGGCAGGGAGGGAUGUCCCAUGGGAGCACCACACACUUAGGGUCAGCGCAGUGCUAAGGCGUCUUGGGUUACAAAGCCACAGCUCAGGCCACAAAGGGUUAAGACAGACUGCAGCAUGUCAGAAAUCAAUUUGGGACUGAGAGUUUAGGAUUUUCUAAAGAAAGACUCUUGAGGGCCAGCAUGGCCAAAGAAGACCUUGUGGAGAAGGUGGGUUUUGAGCCAGGCUCUGAAGGAUGGGGAAGAGUUAGGCAGGCAGUAUCUGGAGGUGCUGGGCAAUCUUCCUUCUCUGGGGAAUGGACAACAGAGCAGGACACCCACUGACCACUGGGGAAGGCUCAGGGCCUCCUCCCAGCACUAUUGUUCCUGGCAAUGCGAAGCUUGCUGCCUGCAUCGUUCCAGCUGGCCCUGCCUACCUUGCCCCAGGGGUCAUCUAAAGCAGGACACUUGGCAAUGCCCGGCUGCCCGUGGCUUCCUGAUUGUCCUCAGCUCUCUGACAGGAGCCUCCGUCCACCCUGGUGGUCUGAGCUCUACUCACACCAUAAUGAGGAGCUUCCUGUUAGCGUGGCUUAACCCUCAGACUGCUGCAGGGUCACAUCUGAACCCCUCGGUGUGCGUUGGACCCUUGAAAUCCUCCGUAGUUCCACACGCUGCCCUGCUCACGCUCUUCUCUCUGUGGAGAAAGUGUCUCUGCUCACGGGCUUCCAGGUUGUCCUCCAGAGUCCCACCCAAGCGACCCGCCUCCUGUGAAACCUGUGUCUCCCCACCCCCGGGCAGGACUCAUUGCUUCCUCCUCAGGAUUCCCUGGAACCCUGUUGUCGCCCUUAGUCACACAUUGUCGUAGCUGCUUGUGCAUGAGUCUGUCUGCCCCUCUCUGCCUGGACUCAGGACAGAGGCCCUGUCUGAUUCAUCGUGUGCCCCAGAGAGUGGGUGUCAGUUCAUGAGUGUUGAGUGAUCCAGGUGUUCUGCUUCCCUCUGACCCUUGGGCAGCUUCCAGGCCUGGUGAUACCGGUUUCUCUGGAAAAGUGGCCAGUUUGGGGCUCUGUUGCAAAUGGAGGGGAGGGGAGACACUGGUUUGAAACGGUUGGUGGCAUUCUUGGAAGUAGCUUUGUCAAUACCAAGAAGGGGGAAGUGGUUUGGUUUGUUUUCUCAAGGUACAACAAAUACUUAAUGAACUCUCCUGCCUGCCAGGCUCUGGGGGCGGAGUGACCUGCUGUCAGUCCUCAAACAGCAUUGGAGCAGAACGUGCCAAGGACCUGGCCAGGGGUCAGACAGCGUAAUGCGGAAAUAUGCCGGAGGGACGCCUGACUCGUCAGGUGGGCCAGGCAAGCCAGGCAGUGGCAUGAGGGCCCUAGAAGCCAGAGAGGCAGAGCCGUGGUUGGAGCUGGAAUUGGGGGCUCUGCCGUGACGCAUUUCCUUCAGCAGCAUUUCGGCCCCCGGGUGCAGAUCGACGUGUUUGAGAAGGGGACGGUGGGUGGCCGCUUGGCCACCAUCUCGGUCAACAAGCAGCACUAUGAGAGCGGGGCCGCCUCCUUCCACUCCCUGAGCCUGCACAUGCAGGACUUCGUCAAGCACCUGGGGCUGAAACACCGGCGAGAGGUGGUGGGCAGGAGCGCCAUCUUCGGCGGGGAGAACUUCGUGCUGGAGGAGACGGACUGGUACCUGCUGAACCUCUUCCGCCUCUGGUGGCACUACGGCAUCAGCUUCCUGCGGCUGCAGAUGUGGGUGGAGGAGGUCAUGGAGAAGUUCAUGAGGAUCUAUAAGUACCAGGCCCACGGGUAUGCCUUCUCGGGCGUGGAGGAGCUGCUCUACUCGCUGGGGGAGUCCAGCUUCAUCAACAUGACCCAGCGCUCUGUGGCGGAGUCCCUGCUCCAGGUGGGCGUCACGCAGCGCUUUAUCGACGACAUCGUCUCUGCCGUCCUGCGGGCCAGCUACGGCCAGUCAGCAGCGAUGCCCGCCUUUGCUGGAGCCAUGGCACUAGCGGGGGCCCAAGGCAUCCUGUGGUCCGUGGAGGGAGGCAACAAGCUGGUUUGUUCCGGUCUGCUGAAGCUCACCAAGGCCAACGUGAUCCAUGCCACAGUGACCUCUGUGACCCUGCAGCAUACAGAAGGGAAACCCUUGUACCUGGUCGAGUAUGAGAAUGAAGCGGGCACUAGCUUCGACUUCUACGACAUCGUGGUCAUCGCCACCCCCCUGCACCUGGACAACAGCAGCACCAUCGCCUUUGAAGGCUUCGACCCGCCCAUUGACGUCAUCCAGGACUCUUUCCAGCCCACCGUUGUCUCCUUGGUCCACGGCUACCUCAACUCUUCCUACUUCGGGUUCCCUGACCCUAAGCUUUUCCCCUUCGCCAGCAUCCUUACCACAGAUUUCCCCACUUUCUUCUGUGCCCUGGACAAUAUCUGUCCCGUCAACAUCUCGACCAGCUUCCGGCGGAAGCAGCCUCAGGAGGCAGCCGUUUGGCGAGUCCAGUCCCCCAAGCCUCUCCUUCGGUCCCAGCUAAAGACCCUCUUCCGCUCCUAUUAUUCAGUGCAGACAGCCGAGUGGCAGGCCCACCCCAUCCACGGCUCCCGCACCACUCUCCCUCGGUUCGCACUCCACGACCAGCUCUUCCACCUCAAUGCCCUGGAGUGGGCAGCCAGCUCCGUGGAGGUCAUGGCUGUAGCUGCCAAGAACGUGGCCCUGCUCGCUUACAAUCGCUGGUACCAGGACCUAGACAAAAUUGACCAAAAGGACUUGAUGCACAAGGUGAAGACUGAACUCUGAGGCCUCAGGCGAGCCUGGGAGUGUCCGUCCCCGCUGAAGAUGGACCACCCCCCACAGCAGCCAAGGCUGCGCAAGCCACACUCGCCUGCCCAGCCUCCUUCUGACCCCUCCCAUGUCGAGUGAAAUCUCUCCAGUGGGUCCAGGCGACCUGCUCUCUGCCUCUCUAUCUUAAGGAUUCUCAGAGUGAUUGUUCCUUUUUUGUUUUUCAAUAUAUUUUAUUGAUUUUUUACAGAGAGGAAGGGAGAGGGAUAGAGAGUUAGAAACAUCAAUGAGAGAGAAACAUCGAUCA